AGGGGUUUUGUCCCACAGGAAAUAUAGUGUUGACUCUUGACUUCAAGUCGUGAAUCAAUGAGGGGCAGAAUGGCCUACUCCUGUUUCUAAUUCGUAUGUAUGAGCAUUGGAGAGAGGGUGUAGUGGUACUUCAUGAGUAGUGAGGUAGCAGCUUUGCAGGUGGUGGAGGAUGAACAGAAAACAGAGUGUGUAUGUAUCAGAGGGAACGCGCUGAGGGCGGUACUAGGAAUAUGUCCAGGAGUAGGGUGGGCAUGUAAUUUCCUGCACAAAAACAGAAUUACCUGGAAAAACUCAGCAGGUCUGGCAGCAUCGGCGGAGAAGAAAAGAGUUGACGUUUCGAGUCCUCAUGACCCUUCGACAGAACUUGAGUUCGAGUCCAGGAAAGAGCUGAAAUAUAAGCUGGUUUAAGUGAACUUGGGCUGUGAGAUUACUGAAUAAAGAAAAAUGGCCUCUGUAUUCCCAAAAAUUUCUCUGAAGCCAGAGGUGGAGGCAUAUCUCCAAAGUGUCUUUAAAAACAAAGAGCUUUUGGCAGCUUUGGGAUCUGAACAGUCGGAGUUGAAAUUUGAAGCCCUUUUAAACCGUUUAUCGCAUCCUCCAGCUUUCACAAGCAUCAGGGUCAAUACUUGUGCAGCCUCCACUGACCAUAUUAAAAAACUGGUGACUGAAGAGAUCCAGAAGCAGUUUAAAGGAUGGCCUAUGAGCGAUAUUCCAGUGUUAGAACAUCCGGAGCUUCCAGAUGCUCUUGUAAUUCCAGUUCUUGGUCCUAGGUUAAAUCUACAGAGACAUUCCAUUGAAGUGAUUGUGGGAGCACAAUGUGGGAAUGCUGUUCUUCGUGGAGCACAUGUUUUUAUUCCUGGCAUACUAUCAGCUCCAAAAUUUAUGAAAGCUGGUGAUGCAGUUUCUGUAUAUUCAGAUAUUUGUGGCAAAUGUAAAAGGGGUGCAGUAGAAUUCAUGGGACCAAAAGCAUUUGUAGGGAAUGGAAUUGCUGAAUUAAGCCGCAAUGAAAUAUUUUGUUCAAACAACAUUUUAAGGGGUGUGGGAAUCAGAAUGACGGAGCCAGUUUACAUCUGCCCAUCAUUUGACAACUUCUUAUCUAGUUUUGUGUUUUUACAGAACUUGCCAUCUGUGGUAGUGAGUCAUGUGUUGGACCCUAAACCUGGAGAGAGAAUCUUGGAUAUUUGCGCUGCUCCUGGUGGAAAGACUACUCAUAUUGCAGCAUUAAUGAAUGAUAAGGGGGAAGUAAUAGCAAUGGAUAAGAUUGCAAAUAAGGUGAAGAAGAUAAAGCAGAAUGCUGUGAAUUUGCAGCUGAAGUGUAUAAAAGUGUUUUGUUAUGAUGGAACUAAAGCCCUGGCAAAGCAAGGCAUUUGGGAUGGGCAAGCAGGGCCUCCAUUCCUACCGGAAUCUUUUGAUCGUGCACUUCUGGACGCACCUUGCAGCGGGUUAGGUCAGAGACCAAAUAUGGCCUGUGAUUGGAGCUUAAAGGAAAUCACUUCUUAUCCGCCGUUACAACGGAAGCUGUUCAGAGUGGCAGUCAAUUUACUAAAACCUGGAGGUAUUUUGGUGUAUAGCACCUGUACAAUAACAUUGGCAGAAAAUGAAGAACAGGUUGCCUGGGCACUUGAUUCAUUUCCUUGUUUACACCUACAGUCACAGGAACCUCACCUGGGUGGAGAAGGAAUGAUGGGUGCUGGACUAUCAUAUGAUCAGCGGAAAUUGCUGCAGAGGUUUGACCCAUCCAGUGUGACUGAAGGGGGCACCAAUGUUGUUUCUUCAGAUCUGAAUAGCAGUCAGAUAGCACAUUUAAUCAAAUCUGCCAAUAAGGACACAAUAGGCUUCUUUAUUGCUAAAUUUGUGAAGGUGCAGGAUGCCUAACAGUUAUCAAGUGUCAUAAAAGAUUUUAAAAACUCCAAAUACUAGAAAUCUGAAAUAAAAACAGACAAUGCUGGAAAUAAAGAGAUCAGUUAACAUCGCUAAGGAAUAAAGGCAGGUUAUUGAUAUUUCAAGUGUGUACCCAUUCAUUAAUAGCUUAAUAAUUUGUAUGCUCCUUGUAAACUGGUUAACACCUGAAGCUCAGUUGUGAGCACCAUCAGUUUAUUGUUACUAUGACAGCAAGCCAAAGGCAUUGUUGCUAUGGUAGCAAUAGAUUUUGCCAGCUGUUCAAUUAUAUCAUAAACCAUGUGCUGAAAAAGGUCAUAAGGAGCUUUUGCAUUUCAUGGAACCCAGAUUGCAAUAUCUAGUUUAUUUAAACCACUUCCUCAGUAAAUUUUUCUAAUGUUUUGUAUAUGGAAACAGAAAUGCAACAUGCGUUUUACAUGAAGCUAUUGUUGAGUAUGUACUUAAUGUCGAAUUUUUGAGUUUCAUUUUAAACAUUUAAGCAUAACUUAAUAUUUUCUGUAAGUUAUAAAAUAGAAAUGUGAAACAUUAGUCAAUCUUAUAUUUUGUUGUAUUAAUGUUUUAUAUGCAAUUUCUCUAUUAAAGGAAAUAGACUAAA